UGUUCAUUUCUCUUUCAGGCUCUAAGCUUGGAGAACAGCUUAAACAUGGAGGAACAGCAGUAUCCUCCUCUGAACCUGGGCGACCCAGAGAGCGGUUACCUGACCGAAGCCAACCUGCUGUCCAUCUCUCUGCAGAUCGGACAGGACUGGCGUGUGAUUGGCAUUAACCUCGGGAUGAGCUAUGAAGAGUUGGACCGCAUACAGUACAAACACAGAGAUAACCUGGGUGCCUUGGUGCUGGACGUGCUGUUUCAUUGGGCCCGGGGACAGAGGAACGCGGGCCCCGGGUCGGUGUCCAGGCUUGUGGCGGCCAUGAUUGAAAGUGGGAGGAAGGAUCUGGCGGACGAGAUCGAGGACAUUGUCAGUCUGGGAAGGAGGAAAUAUUCGGAGUCACUGAGGAGAGUUGGUUUAGAGGCAGAGAGACUUCAGGAAGCCCAGCUUUAGACCAACCUGCUGGUUAAAACUGAGCCCAUCUUCCGCUGCUCUCUGACCAGCUGUCAUAAUGCUAUAAAAUUAAACAUCUUGUGUUUUUAUUUGUUCUUUUACUGCUGGAUGUUCAGUCUCAACCCCAAUAUUGCAGCUCUGGCCAUUUUUAUUUUUAUCCCCAAGGUCAUCAUGCAGUGAUGAAUCGUCAUGAUGACGUAGCCUCCCAUCCCCCAGCCCCUGACAGCUUCACAGCGCUUCUACCAUCUGGGUGUAAUUCCACUGCCUGCCAGCAGAGGGCGUCUGUAGAUUCUUCUCUAUGGUUCCCAGUCAGCCUCCCCCCCCCUCCCUGCCUGGCUGCUGCCUCCUUUCACUCCCACCUCCUCCUGCUUUCACUCCCACCUCCUCCCACCUCCUCCUCUGGACCCAGAUGCUAGUAUUUCCUCUGUUAGCUGCUGUCGGUGUCAGACAGAGAAACUGCAUCGAUUUUAGCCCCAAAUCAGCCCGGAGGCGCGAAGCGGCGGAAACGGCUGGAGGAGAGGAGCAGCAAAGGAGCUCAGAUCCAAAAGACUUUCUUGAAGUACCAGCAGCCUGAUCAACUGGGAAAACGAGGAGCGCUGCAGGUUAUCUCCGUUAGAACAACCAACCAUUAGAAAGCAGCAGCUCCAGGGUGAUCCGCUGACCGACGGGUUUCACUGCGAUCAAUGGCUGAUAAACAGAUCAGUUUGCCUGCCAAAUUGAUCAAUGGAGGGAUUGCUGGGAUCGUUGGAGUAACCUGCGUGUUUCCCAUUGACCUGGCGAAGACUCGCCUGCAGAACCAGCAGAAUGGAUCCCGCCUUUAUACCAGCAUGUCAGACUGCCUUAUUAAAACUAUUCGCUCUGAGGGUUAUUUUGGGAUGUACAGAGGAGCUGCGGUGAACCUAACCCUAGUCACUCCAGAGAAGGCCAUCAAAUUGGCUGCUAACGACUUCUUCAGGCACCACCUCUCCAAGGACGGAAAACUGACUCUGGUCAAAGAGAUGCUGGCUGGCUGCGGCGCCGGUACCUGCCAGGUCGUCAUAACAACUCCUAUGGAGAUGCUGAAAAUCCAGCUGCAGGAUGCUGGCAGGCUGGCCGCUCAGAGGAAGCUCAUGCCGGAAACGGUGGCGGCAGGAAGCGUGGAGAUAAAGUCUCCCACAGCCAUGCAGAUCACCAGACAGUUACUGAGGGAAAAGGGCAUCGCUGGACUCUAUAAGGGCCUGGGGGCCACGCUGCUCAGGGACGUCCCUUUCUCCAUCAUCUAUUUCCCUCUCUUUGCCAAUCUGAAUAACCUGGGGAAGAAAGGCGGCGAAGGCCCCGCUCCUUUCUACGUGUCGUUCGUGUCGGGCUGCGUCGCCGGGAGCACAGCAGCCGUCGCUGUCAACCCCGUCGAUGUAAUAAAGACCAGACUGCAGUCGCUGAACCGAGCGAGCACAGAAGACACGUACUCCGGAGUGACGGACUGCAUCAGGAAGAUCCUGCGUAACGAGGGUCCGUCUGCGUUCCUGAAGGGAGCCUACUGCCGCGCUCUGGUCAUCGCUCCUCUCUUUGGGAUCGCCCAGGUCGUGUACUUCCUGGGCGUGGGCGAAUAUAUCCUCAGCUUCCUGCCUAAAAAAGACAACUAAGUGGGAACAUCUGUUCUGCCUUUCCUCCCACGAUGCAUCACUUCAGCUCCAUCAUCUCCAUCCGAUUCUUAGACACCAUUUUUUGUUUUGUUUUUGUUGGAUUGAAUGUUUAAAAAGUUCAGGAGGGAGCUUUUAUUUUGCCAAGAUGCCUGAGGCAGCGCGCACGGUUCCAGUCGGCGGCGCCGCCACGGCGCCACGGCGGAGAUCAGAGGUCUGUAGUUAGAAGAUUUAAUUCACUUUUUAAUAUGAUUGUCAGAUUUAGCAGAUUAGACGUCCCGCCCUUUGCUGUUGAACAGAA